AGUAUAUAUAAGGAGAUAACAGAGGAUUGGCAGUAGAGAGCCAGCAGUUCUUCACCUCUUCAGAGAAGUCUCUUGUAGUCAUUAGUAGAGUUGUCAGAAUUGAUUCACUGUAGAGUGAAAAUGGUGACCUAUGAAAUAACUGUGGAACAUUCCACGGAAUCGGAGAGCUGCACUCUGCCGCAUGUGGACUUGAAGUUGGUGGGAGAAAAAGGAAUGACCAAAUCAGCUCCACUGUCUGAAAAUGAUAACUACAAAGAAUUGGUGUCAAAAUGUACUAUAGAUUGUGAUGACCCCAUUGGAAAACUGUUGCGAAUAGAGAUUAAGAAGAGGCCUUUAUAUGUGGUUGAAAACAACUGGUUUCUCAAAAAUAUAAAAGUCAAAGAUCCCAAUGGAGAAACCUACUACUUCCCAAUAUACACCUGGAUUACUGACUGUAAGAAACAUUCCUUCAAUGAGGGUCAAGCUUUGAUUGCCAAGAAGGAGCUCAGUCCCUCUGGUCGCUUCAAUCGGCACAAAAAACUUUCUCAACUAAAGGAAACAUAUUGCUGGCAAGUGUUUGAAAAGGGAAUACCUCACCAUAUUCAGGCAAUGCUACCGUCUCACCUGCCUAGGAAUGAUCAGUUCAUUGAAGUCAAGCAAGAUGAGUUCAAAAAAAAUCAGGAACAAACCGUUGUUUGGAAAAAAUUGAAGGAAUCCACUAAGUGUUAUGAUACAUGGCCAGAUUUUGAACAGAUCAGUGAGCUGAUGGAUUACAGCAAAUAUGACAUCCUGGGCUAUGUCAAAGACAACUGGAAGGAUGAUGCUUUCUUUGGCUACCAGUUUCUAAAUGGUAUUAAUCCCAUGUUGAUCCAACGCUGCACUUCCCUGCCUGACAACUUUCCUGUCACUGAACACAUGAUCUGCCAUUACUGCAAUUUGCCUCAGGAAAUUGAGAAAGGCAACAUAUAUCUGUGCAACUACCAGAUUUUGGAUGGGGUAGCAACAAGAGACAUCAAAGGAAAAAAACAAUAUCUGAUGGCUCCACUUGUCCUGCUCCAUAAAACAGCCGAAGAUAAACUGAUGCCUAUUGCUAUUCAGCUGCAGCAGAAGCCAGGAGCAGACAACCCGAUCUUCCUCCCUUCUGAUUCUGAGCAUGACUGGCUGUUGGCAAAAAUUUUUGUGAGAAGUGCGGAGUUUAAUUUCCAUCAACUCAACUGUCACCUGCUGCGCACUCAUCUGCUGUCAGAAGUCUUUGCAGUAUCACUGAUGCGCAACUUGCCCAUGGUGCAUCCUCUAUACAAGCUUCUUAUACCCCACUCUCGCUACACUCUGCACAUUAAUACCAUGGCUCGAUUAAUUCUAAUAUCUGAGACCGGUGCUUUCACACAGGUGGCAGCUUCGGGUGGAGAGGGUAUGAUCCAAAUCCUGAGGAAAUCCCUGUCCUCAAUGACAUACAGGUCCCUAUGCAUACCCGAUGACAUUGAAGACCGUGGGAUGAAGGACAUCCCAAACUUCUUCUACAGAGAUGACGGACUUAAGCUGUGGGACAUUCUACACCGUUUUGUCGAAGGAAUCCUAAAGCACUACUACAAGACUGAUGAUGAUGUUCAAAACGACCGUGAACUAGAAGACUGGAUAUGGGACAUUUUUGAGCAUGGAUUCCUUUGCCCAAAAGAAAAAUCAGGAAUCCCCCUGGACUUUAAGAAUGUGAAUGAUCUGGCCAAGUUCGUGACUAUGGUGAUCUUCACUAGCUCAGUCCAGCAUGCUGCUGUGAACUCUGGACAGUUUGACUAUGGUGGCUGGAUGCCCAACCUGCCAAGCACCCUGCGACGUCCCCCACCAUCCACAAAAGGGGAAGCAACUGAGGCCACAAUACUGGAGACACUGCCAGACAAAAGCAUAACACUUGCAGCCAUGACCACGUUGUAUUUGCUGUCUAGGAGAUACAGUGACUUUGUUCCUUUUGGCACUUACCCUGAGCAUCACUUCACAGAGGAGCAACCCCUGAAGCUGAUGGAAAAAUUCAAAGAAGAGCUGAAAGAGCUAAGUAAAGUUAUCAAGGAAAGAAACAUCAAACUGGAUGUCCCAUACAAAUACCUGGACCCAGAAGAGAUUGAAAAUAGUGUGUCCAUUUGAAAAUUAGAUGAUCAGACAUGUUCCAUAUCAAAUUCAGUCACUAAUUCACAAAAAUGAGCUAAGGAGGAAAUGCAUGUUUUACCAAUCUUUUCUGGUGUCGCACAAGCGAUAGUCUUUUGGGUCUUUAUUAAUAACAUAAAGCACGGUUGUUCUGCAGGAUGACUAGUUAAGGUUGUUUCUUGGAUUAAGAAACCAGGUACCAAGAUCAAGUACAAUGUAGAACCUCUUUGGGAUACUUGGAUCUUGAGAUUUGUGCUUAUUGUUGUUUCACUACAUAAAUUAAUCAGUGUGCUUCAUCUACCUUGCACAACUAUUGAAGUAGUUAGAUAUUGUUGACCAAACAACCAAAGCAGUACAAAUACAUGUAGUACAUUGUAGGGUCUAGUUUGAUUAGUAGGGCUUUUUGAUUAGUCAAAGUGUAAAAACAGUGAGCAUAUUUGUGUGUAUUGGUGUUUCAACUGAAAAAUAAACACAUCUGGCCUGUGGAUGUUAUGGUGGGGUGACGGUUAAACUUACUUGUUAGAUGAUCCAUUGUCAGAUUUCUAUGUGGAGAUUGCUGGAAUGCAUUUGCUAUCUUGACGGGUGAAAAUUUGAGUUUGUGUUUUUUUUUUUUAACAUAUAUUUAAAUGGGGCUGUAGUGUGGUCUUCAAAAAUGCCUAGACGUUUGAAAAGGGUUACAAAAAUAUUAAGAUAAGAAACAGAAUUCAGUUGUUGCCAGAAUAACAUUUUUCAUUUUAACUAAAAAAGUGUUAUUUUCCUUUCUUUAUUCAAUUAUUUUCAAAUGACUAUUGUAUUGUUAUGGGUGGUGGAUUUACAUUUGUUCUGUACUUUGCUAAUUACCUAAAUAGCUCUGUAAAAUGUUGUAUUAAUUUUAUGGACCACAUGAUUUGAGAACCGGUUCAAUCAAUAUGGAAACAGUUCUAAUAUUUUAGGUGAUAUUUGAAUGACUAUUUGUUUAAAAAGUUAGAACACAAUAGGUAUAUUAUAGCACACAACUAUGAUUUUUGAACCAUGUCACAGAUAUUAGAUUUGCAAGCAAUAUAAAUGCUCAGUCGAAAUGAAUAAACAUUUCAAUUGGUGUUGGGGGAAAAAUGUUUUGUUUUCUUUGAAACGCCAGUUGGAACUUAUUUUAUUGUUUGUAUGUUAGUUUAUAUUUGUGGAUUUUUUCAACAGUAUGAGCAAAUUUAUUGGAGUGUUAUUUUACUUAUUUAACUUUGUUCAAAAACUUGUGCUUUAAGCUACUCUUCAGAGUGAGCUUGUUUACUCACCAUCAGUCUUCUUUUUACAUAAAAAAAAAUCAAGUCUUAAUAUUGCACCAUCUUGAAAAAAAUACAAUCGAAAGGGUACCUCAUAGAAAAUUAAUAAUUAAUAAAAUUAAUAAAUCUUUUGCUAAACAAGCAAAAGAUUUGUUCACCUGAGACUAUUUCCCAAAUUCUUCACAAAACUGCGUAAAAUUUAUCAGUUUGAUAGAUGGUUCUCAAAUCAUGCCACAGGUGGUCAAUAAUAUUUAAGUCUGGAAUUUGAUACAUCCAUUCUGCAAAAGUAUGUUUUAAUCUGAACCAGUGGUCUCAAACUGCAGCCCUGGACACUUUUGGAUGUGUAUAUUCUAAACAAACGACUAAACUCCCUCACUUGCAUGCAGUCAAGCUCUACACAAUAAUUCUCCUAAUGACCAAAUAUUGGAGCUGGUGCUGAAGCAGAGAGACUUCUAAAAGUUGCAGGAAACUAGCACUUUGAGAACUGGAGCUUGAGUUUGAGAACACUGAUCUAAACCAAUUAUUUAUUCAUUGUAUCUCUGGCUGCAUUUUUAGAGCCCUGCUGGAAGUAAUACCUCACUGCAAUUUUAAGUCUUCCAUUUAUUUUGACCAGCUUGAUUUUUCCUACUGAGUAUUUAAUGCCACUACCAUGUUAUAACGUAGUGUGUGAACGUUGCAGUGCAGUUUCAACUUUCAAUCAUAUUUAGGGCAUGAUCUACAAAGAUUAAAAAUCUCUGCUUCGCUUCACCACCUGAUCACCCUGAUGUAUACUCUCCUGCAAACCCAGAAGUUUUAAUAUCAGCCCCUAUGAAUUACCAUUAUGAGAUUAUUCCCUCCAAAAUGUUUCCACUUUUAUCACAUUGUUCCCAUUAAAAUAAUUUUCCAAUAAUAUAUUCUAAGAAUCCCUAAAAAAAGACACAAAACAUUUUAAGAAUUUUGAACAUUUGUGUCCUAUUGUCUGUAUACAUCAACAUUGAAAUAAAAGAUUGCCAAGUCAUUUAUAAAAAAAUUACAGAAGAAAUACUAAUUGCAGUGUCCUCAUAAUGAAAAAAUUCACUAUCUGCCUUCUCCUUCUCCCUUCACCCUCAAAACAAAGUAAUAAGAGCAUGGGGAGAAAUGCAGCUUGAACUAAGCACCAACCUCAUCUCAUCUGAGUGAAUUAAUCAAUAAAUACUCCUGUAUUUAUUUUAACAGUCACUGCAGUUUUAUUCUUAAACAGUAGGAGACACUGGUGAGAAAGAAAAACUUAUUCAAGAAUAAAUUCACAAACAAUUUCCUUUCCCUACAUCUGCAUAAGCAGGGCUUGACUGAUGGAAACAUCAGACAGAUAAGGAAGAUUUCCCCUUCCUCCUAAAUGGAAAGUUCUAGAACUAUGCAAAUUGCUGAUGUAACUCCUCCUCACACGGAUAGAGCCCACUCCCAACUGCUCUUAUCUUCCUGUUCCCCUGCAGAUGCCCAUCCCACUUUUUAGUUUAUGUUUGAAUGAGCCAAUAGAGAUAAAGGGGCAGAAUUUGUGUUUUUCUGCUUUCAAUAUUUUCGAAGGUCCUCUCAUUCUACUUGUUGCAUUUGGGGAGGGGAAAAUAUUCCCUGUCUGACUGAUUAAGGUAAGUGUUUGAUUUAAUAGAAGGUUUCAGAAUCCUGUCUGUUUUAUGAAGAUAAGACUUUAAUUUAAAUCUGGAAAUUGACGAUAAGGAUUUAAUACAAUGAAAAGGCUCAAAUUAUACAAUAAAAACAUGUUCCAUAAGGUCAUAUAGAGCCUUAUUAAACAGAUGGUCAUGCGCGAUAACAUAGAUUUUUUUUAUUUGGGGGUGCCUUUUUAAUCCAUCAAACUCGAUUAAUUAAAUUUUGACAGGUCGAGGAAUCCUUAGUUUUUUUGGUCUCUAAAGUGAAUUUAAUCACGGUUGCUCUUCUGAUACAAUCAUGUUUUACAUCUGUGAAUUAGUACAAGUUUGUUAAUCUUUGCAUCCCCAUGUGACCUACCAAAGAAUAUUUGAAAUACUGAUGCUAAAUUAUGUCCAGGAACAUAGUAAGUUCUCCUUAAUUUUUUCAUGAUUAAAACCAUUUUCUUUACCAUAGUCAAUCUCUGUGCUUGGGUCCUUUUCUAACAAGUCCUCUGUAAUGUAGCUCUUAUUUUGCUGAAAGUACACUUGAACUUUGCCACUGAUGGAUAAUCAAGGGUUUUUCUGUUUUCAUUUUAAUUUUAUUUAAUUUUAAUUACUAAAUUAAAAGUAACAGAUUUUUUACUGUCUGGGGGAUCGUAGAACAAUGACUAACAGAACUAGUAUGACACUAACUCCAAAACACAAAAAGCAUUGAGAAAAGAAAAAACAAUUGUUACAGAAAUUGGUUACAAAAACAAACUUCAAACAAUAUGAGUAAGAUAUCACACCUUUACUUUACGUGCAUUAUCCUGUAGAAAAAUUGAAGAGCUGAAUACACUUCAAUACAGUGAAUUUUAGGAAAUUUAUUUCAAUUGUUUGUUUGGGUACAAAAGUGUAAGCAAACGUGUAAGUGAAAAGCACAAUAAUUGUUUUCUGCUUAAAAACAUUUUUAUUUGCACUUUGACAUAGAUUCUUACACAGGUAUUUUUAAGCAACAAAUUAGAGAAACUCACUUUCUAAACUCUAUAGGGUCGGUACACUCACUCGUCUGACUCCAUAUUUCUCUGCAUGCAUCCCAAAUAAUAACAUUGCAUUCAAAUUUGAAUUAUACAUUUAAACAAAACUGAAAUAAAAU